AUGAUUAAGACUUGCAUUGUUCAUUGUAGGACAAACUCUGGAAAAAGUUAAGAAUUAGCAAUCUCUAUUAUGUGUGGGUUGAUGUCUUCAAUCUCCUAACUAAAACCUAGUGACGAAUUAAUAAAUUCAAUAAUUGAAGGAGGAAAACUUUUACUUUUGAAUUUCUAUGAUAAGCAAAUAUAAAAUCCUCUAAAAAUAUAUGAAAUUUAUUAUUUUUUCGAAAACCUCAAAUGGUCAAUAUUGAGUUAAUUAACAUUAGGAUACUCCAUUCAGAAUAUUAUUAUUACAAUCUAAGAUGCGUACUUAAAGUACAUCAAAUUUUCAUAGGAUUGGAUGUUACAUUAUUGUUGGAUCAAUUUGAUAUCUGAUCUAAUGUGUUUCAGACCUAUAAUCCAAAAGAAUUAAAUAGCAAGUUUUACUUAAUAAGGAACCUCUGAUUAAGAAGUUUGGGAAUUACUAAUAAAUGAAAAUGCAAUAAUUUAAUUGCCAUAUAAAAAAUUUGUUGCCAAACUAAAGAUUUUUGAAGAAAAAAUUAUAAUCUUUAAAAAGUUUAGAGCAUUGAAAUUAUUUUAAGAGUAUUUGAUUCAUAAUUAAGAGGAAAUUUAACUAUUACCAAACUAUAUCAAUUUUAAUUUUAAUGUAAAAAAAGGAGAGUAAUUAAAUCAUUUGGAACUUUUUAUUCAACUGUUAACAAAUUAAUCAAACUUAGAAAUACUGAAAGCAUUAAUAACCUAAUUAAGAACUUCUAAAGAGCAGAUAAUAAGUAAUUUAGAAGCUGUUAAAUAAUAAGUGAGUUAGCAUAAUGCCUUGCUAUCAAAAAAUAAUUAAAUAGAAAUCAAAAUAAACAGAUAGGAAAUAAUGUUUCUAAUGCGUUAAAUAAAAUAAUCCAGUUUCUUAUUACAAUGCUUAACCAAUGAGAUAAAUUUAUUAAUAAAUAAAGAAAUUUUGACAAAUUCUAUUAUUUAAAAAAUAGUUUUAAAUAAUGUUGAAAAUUUGGACGAGAAACAAAAUGUAUAAAAGCUAUAAAUAUUAGCAGCUAUUUAAGAAGUUGAAAACAAACAUAUGAUAGAAUUUUUAAAUAAUUUAUAACUAGUAUCUAGGUUUUGGAUAUAAAUUUGUUAAUUUACAACUAUUUCCCAUGAUGAAUUAAUUAUCAAUGAUCUUUAAUUGGAAUAAUAUUUUGAACCUUAAAUAAAUUAAAAUAUCAUUAUUAUUAAUAAUAUCAACAAUUAUUUAGAUAAUUUUGUUGUAUAAGUGUCGACCAUAAAGAGAAAUGUUUUAUCAAUUUUAGGGUAGAAAUAAUUAAAAGGUUUUAUGAAGGAACAUAUUUCUUAAAAAAAUAUAGCAAAAUAGAUAACUAAACUACUUAAUCCAAAUUUGAUAUUAUUUAUGGUUAAUGAAAUUCAGGUGCAUUUUUAAGCUAUGUUAAACGAUACGUUAUAAAUUGAAUAAGAGAGUGAUAUAAGAAAAAUUUUGAUGAUGAUUUAUUCUAAUUUAAACAUUUACAAAGGAUUAAUAAUGAUUCUUAAAUUACAUCAAAGAAAAAUUAUAUCUUUAGAAACUUCAUUAAAAGGGGUGUUUGCAAAUACAAAUUUUGAAGUUGAAAGGUAAUUUUAAAACGAAAAAGAUAUAAACGAAUACAUCAAAUCGUAAAUAAUCGAUAAGAAGGAAAAGUUGUAAAUAGUAUUCAAAAAAUAUCAAAAUGUAGAAUUUACAAAUGAUAUAUUAAUAGAUUUCAAUAAAAUAUCAAAUCAAAUUAUUAAAGAAAAAAUUGAAAUAUAAAAAAAGGAUUGGUAAGAACAAAUCAAAGUUCAUUAUACAUUAUUAUUAUCGAAAAUUCAAAUGAAAUUAGAAUUAAUUGGUUUAGUUUAAGAUAGAAAUGUUAUAUAUUAAGAAAUUAUUACAUUAUUAGAUAAUCAGCUUUAGUUAAUAAAUCAAAUUGAUAAAAAACAAGAUAUUAAAUAAUCAACCAAAGAUCAAGUAGAAUUACACCAAGCCGAAAUAUUGAAGUUGUAAAUGAAAGAUUUAUUUGAUUUUGAUAGAGUAUUUUAAAUGAUAGACAGUUUAAUUAAUAAAUCCAAAAUGUUAAAGCGAAUAUUUUAAUAACAUCUUCUUGAUGCAAGUUGUUAAAAUUAAUAAUUAAAUUUAUAAUUACUCAGUAAUUUAAAGAAUGCCUUUAAAGAAAGUUUAAAUCAAGCAUUCCUUGAUUUAGUGAAAUAAACUUUAGAAUGUUGUUAAAAGAUUAAUAAAGAUGAACAACUUAUUUUAGAUGAGGAUUUUAUGAUAAAGCUACAAAGUCAACCUAAUUUAGAAUAAGUUCCUGUAAUUACAUAAAUGAUUAACUUUAAUACUCUCUUUUUAGAAAAUUAGGAAGUCUAAGAUAAAGAUGCAAAGGUUGAUAAAAUAUAAGAUAUGAUUAUGCAAUUUACAAAUGCAAUGAAGAUGAAUUACAAAGAAGGAUUGUCUGAUAUGUUUCAAAAUUCUUCAUAUAAAGUUAGGGAAUUACUAGUAUUCAAUUUAAUUAAGAUGUAAUCAAUAGUUUAAGAAUAAACUAUAUCAGGAUUUUGUGACAAUUUAUUAAGACAAAUUUGGAUAAUUGAGAAACAUCCAAGUGUUAGAAAUCUUCUGAAAAAUGAAGAAAUGAUAAUGAUGUAGAAGGGGUUGUUCUCUAAAGAUUUACAGAAUUUCUCAGAUGAAUUGAAAAAGGAAAUGCAAUCAAGAUUAAGAUAGAUAUAAUAACUAGAAACCUAGGUAUUACUUAGUGAAAAUUAAGAUGAAAUGAAAAUAAAACUCUAACAAGCCUAUGAUAAUUAUGAAAUAUAUUUGGAUAAUAUUACAGAUAUGUCAUAAAGAUUAGACAUUAGUUUAAUAUUUUUAAGAGAAAUUAGUAAAGACUUGAAAAAUAUUAAAUCUUCUAUCGAUUAGGUUUUAGAAAGCGUAAAACGGGUUUAAGAUGAUGUAAGAAGAUUAAGAGGGAAGAAUUUUUAAGAGUUGUUAAAUAUACGAAAACAAAAGGUUUAAAUAUCAAUGCACGAGUAACAGUUAGAUUAAGUUCAUAUAUAGAUUACAACUCAGGAUUAUGAUCCUAUAACUGGAAAUAAGAAGACUAAUAGUAAUGGUGAAUUCAUCACAUUUUUAAUAGCAAAUCGAUAUGAUAAUUUUGAUGGAGAAGUAAACGAAUUCUUAUGGAGUGAUUAUGAAAAGAAUAAGGAUAUUAUGUUAAUUAAAGGCAAAGCAGGUUCAGGGAAAAGUAGAGCAUCCCGUAAUAUAGAAGAAUUAAUAUGGAGUUGCGAUAUGAUUUGGCCUAAUUGGAUUCCAAUUUAUGUGUCACUCCCUUCUUUAAAAGAUCCUAAUCACAAUUUAAUUGAGCAAGCCCUCGAAUCUGAAAAUUAUAACUUUGAUAAAAUUCAAGUAAGAGAAUUUAAGGAUGCAAUAAUAAAUGGAAAUCUAAAAGUAGUAAUUAUAUUGGAUAGCUAUGAUGAGAUGAAAUUUAAAUGUAUUGGAACAAACCUUUACCAAACAAAUAGACUGAUUUAGGAUCUCAAUAUAUAAACAUCAGGGUAAUCUGUUAAAAUUAUUAUUACUACGAGAGAAGAAAUAUUAAAUUCAAUCGGAUAUUAAACAUGGUUUUAUGGUUAGAGUAUUGAAACUCUAAAAGAGGUUGAAAUAUUACCAUUUAGUCAAGAAUAAAGUUUUUAAUAUAUUAAAAUAUACGUUUAAAUAAGCAUUAAAAGGACGAUUAAGAAGUUUUAUGAAUUUCUUAAGUAAUUAAAAGGCUAGAACUUUUCUUUAGAUGAAUUUAGAUUGGUUUGGAGCCAAUUAGAAAGCACAAUAUAUUCUAUUAUUUAACAACAACAAAAUUCUGAAGUCUUAUUUUAGACUUAGGACGUUGAAAGGUUCUUAUAGAAAAUAUAAUAAGUUGAAUUUUUUAAUUUUUUAUCAUCAAAUUAAAUGGUUUCUUUAAAAAAGGAACUGCUUUAGUUAUGGGGAGAACAAAGAUUUUUAAAAGUGAUUUAUAAUAUUAAUAUAUUUCAUUUAAUGGGCACUCCUUUUAUGAUGGAAAUAAUUGUUUACAUAUUACCAAAAAUGUUAUAAUAUUACUCACAAUCAAAUAUAAUAAGAGUUGAAUUGUAAAAAAACUUUAUGAUUUUGAAAACAGAAGCUUAGAAAUCGAAAGAUAUGAUUGAAAAAUAUUGUAAAAGGAAAAUUAAUUAAGUUUAGAACACUGAGGAGUAAAAUUAUAUGAAAAUCAAUCCUAAUGAGCAAAAAUUAGAACUUGUAAUAUUAGAAUAAUUUACUUAAAUUAUAGAAGAUUUAGAUAAUUAAAACUUUUUUGAAUCAUUUUCUUUAGCUAAUUCUAUAGAAUACAUUAAUGAUACUACGUUAAUUUCGAACAAACACUUUAAAGUGAGGCAAGAUGCCAACUUUAUUGUUUCGGCUUUUAAUUUAAAUUAAUUUACUGCUUUUGAUUUUUAUGAAAUAUUUGUAGAUUUCUAUCACAAUUAGUAAUUAUAAAAAUUGAAAGAUUUAGGGAAAAGUCUUUCACACGAAAGUUUUUUAUCAGACUUAUUAGACUUUUCUAUUUAUUUGGCUUUAGAUAUGUCCUAAAGAUAAAUUACACAAGUAAAUUAUAAAUAAAAAGGAAAAUUACAUAUAUAAUAAGCAGAAGAAGAGAGGAGAGUUGAAGCCUCUUGGGAAGAUGCAUAUUUUAGUGAAAAUUAAGAUGAUUUUGAAUACAAAGCUAUUUUAAGAAAGAGUAUGUUGAUUAAUUCUAAAAGUGGUAUUUAUGCAUUCAAUCAUAAAUCCAUUUAGGAAUAUUUUGUGGCUUACUAUCUUCUGAAUUUGAUUACGAGAAUCUUUAUUAAGGAGAAACUAAUAGUUGAUGAAAUGGCAUUAUAUAAAAGCAGCUUUAAUAAGGAUUAAUUUAAUCUAUCAUAAGAACAUUAUUCAGGCACUUUAGAUUUAUUAAAACCAAAAGUAUUAAAGAUAGAAGAAAUUAAAAAUAAACUAAUAUAAAUAGUCUCAUUAUCAAAGUUAGAUUCCGAUCGUAAAUUUAUUAGAUCUGCUUCUAAUUCACUUUAUCUUUUAAGCUAUCUAAGGGCUUAUUUUGAAAAUUUUGAUUUAAGUAACAUAUGCCUAGCAGAUACAAAAUUAAAUGGAAUCAGUUUUUAUAAGUGUAAUUUGAACCAUACAUAAUUUAAUAAUGUUGAGAUCGAUUCAUGUAAUUUUAAUUGUGCAACUAUAGAGAAUUCAACUUGGAAAAAUAUAAUUUGCAAAGAGAAACCUUCAUUAUUUGGGCAUAAAUCAAAAAUCAAUUAAAUUGCUUUCAGUGAUGAUGGUAAUAAUUUAAUAUCAAGCAGUGAAGACGGAGUUAUAACUCUCUGGAAGUUAUAAGGCGAUGGGGAACCUAAGAGUGUAUGCUUACCAUAAAAUGAAAAAUUGUAAACUUUCCUUAAAAGUAACAAUUUUUUAGUAUGUCUUACUUAAAAUAGCAUAUACUGCUUUAAUUCAAACGAUUUGAGUUAAAUGGGAUAGUAAUUAUUAUAAAAUUAUCGUUACCAUAAUCUUUAUUUAUCUUAAGAUGGUAAAUAUUUAGCAACAAAAUCAAGUUCAGAAGAAAUAUAUUUUUGGCAAAUGCAAAAUCUGCUAAAAUUAUAAUAAUAAAAAUAUCUAUCAAAAGGAAAGAAUAAAGAUUCAAUAAAGUGUAUUGCAAUUUCUUCUGAUUCUUAACUUUUAGCUACAGGAGGCACUAAAAUUAAAAUUUGGAAUGCUAACAAUAUAAAAGAUAUCUAAGAAAUAAUAGAGUUUCAAUAAUAGUAAUAACCUAUCAACGCAAUCGUAUUUUCAAAAGAUUCUAAAGUCUUAGUAAUUGGAGGAAACAAGAGAUUAGAUUUCUUGAAUAUUGAGAACCUAUAUCAGGUUUAUUUGUUAUUUUCUUUAGAUUAAUAAGUUACUACAAAUUAAAUAUCAUUUUCGUUUGACAGUAAAAUGAUUGCUUCAAUGUCUAAAAAGAAUUCACUGAAGUUAUAUGAUGUAUAAUAGAUACUUGAUCAAUAAGACUCUUUUAGAAUAGAUACUUAAUUAAAAAUUUAUUUAAUUGAGAUAUCUCCAAAUUCUGAAAUAUUAGCUUGCUGCAAUUAGAAAAACAGUGAAAAGGAAGUCCUCUAAAUCCAAAUAUGGGGCUUAAAUAACCUUCAUCAAAUAAGGAUGCUCUCAAAGUUUGUCGAAUAAACUGAGGAUAUUUUAUGCUUAAAAUUCAGAAAUGAUAAUUUAGUUUUAGGUUCAGCUAGCAAAGAUAGUACUAUUUGUCUAUGGGAUUUAUAAAAACAGAGACUAAUUAUAAGACUAGAAGCUCAUACAAAUUAGGUUUUAGAUUUUGGAUUCUCAAUUGAUGGAACAAAAAUGGUAUCGUGCAGUUUAGAUAAAACAAUUAUUUUUUGGAAUAUCAUAAAUUUGGAUUAAAAAUAAGUUGAAAUAUAAAUGUAAUUGCCAAUAGAGUCCAAUAAAAUUUGUUUUUGGCCAAAUUCAUAAUUUGCUGUGUCUUUGUAAUUUAAAUAAUCCAAAGAAAUCAAGUUAUUGAAUUCAAUUGAAUGUAGUUUGAUUUAAAGUUUAGAAAUUGAAGAAAUAUUGUUAGAUAUAGGUUUUAGUUAAGAUGGCAGUAUUAUGGCAUCAUUAAGUGAGAUAGAAAUUCUAAGGAUAUGGAAAAUAUUUGAAAAAUCGAUUCAAAUUGAAAAAAAAAUUAGAUUAAGCAAUUUGCAGAAUAUUCAAAAAAUCCUAUAUUUAAAUACCUAAAGUAUUAUUUUAUCUAAUUAUGUUGCUUUUCAAUUAAACAUUCAAGAUGAAGAGAACAUCUAUAUGUAACAUUAAUUUUAAUUUUCGAGUACUUCUUCUUAUUGCUUAUCAGUAGCAUAAAAUUAAAAAUUUAUAGCGAUGGGAAAUUCAGAUGGUUUCGAGAUUAUAAAUAUUGAAAAAUAAAUCAGUCCAAAUAAUUUAUACAUUACCACUAACUGCAUGGACUUCUAAUUUUCUAAUGAUUCCUCUCUUUUGGCUGUAGCCACAAUUUCUGGAGCAUUUAUCAAGCAUCUAAAAACUAAUAACAUAAUACAUAAAUUGGAAUAAAAUUGUUGUUGUCUCUCUAUUUGUUUUAUAAGUUAAAAUUAAAUAGUGAUUGGAUUAGAUAACAAUUCGUUGGUAUUAUAUGAUAUAAAAGAUUCUUAAUCAAUAGAAAAGUUGGUGAAUAUCUAAUUGCCCAAUAAUCCACAAAAAAUGGUAUUUUUAGAAAAAAGAUAAUAAAUUUGUAUUUAUAGCGAAAUAUAAUGUAUAUUGCUAAAUUUAUCAAUAUUAGACUAAAUUUAAUUGAUCUAAAUUGAUAAGGGUAAUACAUCAACAGAUUUAAUAUUCGAUUAGGAUUAAUUAUUUAUAGGUAUUGGUUAUGAAAAUCAUAUUUGUUUUCAAUCACUAUAAGAUGCUAUUAGAAUCGAAAAAACAUUAAAAGGAGAUGAAUUAAAAAAUUGUUAUUAUCAGAACUUUUCUUAAAAUAAUAGUAAUUUGUUCAUAAUAGUUUCAUAAGAGUCAAUAUAUACUGAAUUUGAGAUUAAUUCUGCUGUGAUUCUAAAAUAAAUUGAUUUAAAAUUAAAGAAUUUUAAUUUUUUCACACUCAAUCCCCAAGAGACUUAAUUAAUUGCAAUCGAAUCUUAUUAUUGCUAUAAAGAUGACAAAUAAAAAUAAAAAUCAGCUCUUAUUGAUUUAGAAACGAACAAAAUAAUUUAAUUCUUUGAAGUGAUUGAAGAUGCCACAAUUCAAAAAUUGAAACAGGUUAUAUUUUCUUAGGAUGGACUUUAUUUUAUAUCAAGUUAUUCUGACUUAGUAAUUAAAUUAUGGGAUGCCAAAACUUGUAAAUUGCUAUCUAUGUUCAAAAGUUAUACUCCAACUAUAGAAAUUAUUCAAGUCUCAAAAAGAGGAAUAAUAGCUUAAGUAAGUGAAAAAGUAAUAAAGUUAUGGAAUUUGAAAGCUUUAAAGUAAUAAUUUGAAAUGGAUGGUCAUUCCGAUUCAGUUAAAUCAUUAUGCAUAUCCCCAGAUGGUUUUUAAUUGAUAUCCAUUUCAAAUUUUGAAAUCAUCAGAUGGGACUUAAUAGAACUGAAAAAAAUCGAUACUCUUUUAAAAGGUCGAAGACUUCCAACUUAAGUUUGCUUUUCACCUAACUGUCAAUAUUUUACUGCACUUGAUGAUUAACUAGGAAUCCAUAUUUGGAAAUUAAAUACAAAAUACAUUAUCGAACAUUUCUAUGUAGUUUCAUGUUUAUCUGAAAGUGAUCUGGCAUUGAAAAUUGAGUAAACUCAACUUUUCUGUAAGUACAAAAAUCCUAAGUUAUUGAUUAUAAAUCUAGAUUAGGUUUGUAAAUAAAAUAAAAAAUUAAUAUUUUAAGAAAACCUGAGCUUUCCAUCAAGAUCAUUUAUUCUAUCAAAAAAUAUACUCAUAAAAACAAAUCCAUUAGAAGUAAUUUAAAUAAAUUAAUCUGAAUUGAAGAAUGAAUAAAUGCAAGGGAUAUAAGUUAAUAAAGUAAAAUAUGUAGCUAUUUGUGAAAAUACUUUAAAAUUGGCAAUUUAAGAUCAAGAUUCUAUAAUCAUAUGGUCGAUAGAUAAAAAAUAAAAAGAAUCUAUAUUAUAGGAACCAUAAGUAAGUAAUAAAGAAGUGAUGUCAUUGGUUUUUUCUGGUAAUGGCAAAUUAUUAUUCUCAUGUUAUAUUGAUAAUAAGAUUUAUAUAUGGGACGUGAAUGAUAGAUUUGUUUUGAUAAAAGUUUAAGAGUUGUUUAAUCUAAAACUUGAUUAUACAAUUGAUAAUUUAUCUUUUUAUGAUACAAAGAGUCUAUAAAUUUUCCCUGUAAAAGAUGAAGAAUAUGGAGUUCUAUCUUAAAAAUAUUAUGGAAUGUAUGGAUUUUUGAGUGCAAUGAUCGUUUUUCAAUUAGGAGAGGUUAGAAUAUUAGAAGAAACAUUUGAUGAUCCAUCUAUAUUAAAUAAUUAUUCAGCUGGAUUUAAUGAAGCCAAUAAUUUGAUUGCAAUCUAAUUUGAUACCUAUUUUAAUUUGUAUGAUAUAUCAUCAAAAAAAAGUUAAUUGAUUGCAAAAUUAGAAGGAAACUCAUUUAAAUAAAAAUAUUAAUCUUAGAUUUUAGCUUUUUCAUAAAAUGGGAACAUGCUAUUAUCUUUAGGAAGAAAUCACACAAUAAGGUUGUGGGAUAUUGUUGAUAAGAACUCUAUAAAAGUUAAAAUUAAUCUAACAAAACCAGUUGAAGCACUAUCAUUUUAAUUUUUAGAUUCAUAAACAAUUAGGAUUUUUAGUAAAUCUGGAGAAUUAAUUCAUUAAACCAUUUCUGAUUUUACAGAAAUUGGGGUUAUUGAAGACAAAUAGGGUUUUGAUUUUUCUACUCUAAAUUAAUAAAAUGAGAAACCAAAAUAUUUUUGUACUUUCAAAUACAGAGAGGAUUUAAAGAUUUUUGAUACAGAAAAAAAUGAAUUAAAGUACACUUUGAACAAUUUCAGUUCUAGAAUAAUGGAUUUAUAAUUUACUCCUUCUAAAAAGCAAUUCAUAAUUGGAAUGGAUGAUGGAUCAAUACUAUUAUAUUAGAUUGAUAAGCAAACAUUAAAAAACUAUAAACUACCAAUUUGUUAUUAUAAAUUUACAAAAAGUUCGCUUAUAGAAGCAUUUUAUUGUAGAAUUAAUUAAUCAAUAAUUCAAAAUAAUGAAAAUGAAAACCUUGAAAAAUUAUUUAUUGAGAAAGGAGCAAUCAAAUGA